AUGGCUCUCUCUCUCUCUGUCCGCGCUGCAGGUUGCAAGAUCAAAGCGCUGCGGGCCAAGACCAACACCUAUAUCAAAACGCCGGUGCGCGGCGAGGAGCCGGUCUUCGUGGUGACCGGCCGGCGCGAAGACGUGGCCAUGGCGCGCCGGGAGAUCAUCUCCGCCGCCGAGCACUUCUCCCUGAUCCGCGCCUCCCGCAACAAGGACGGCCCGGCCGCGCCCGGGGCGGUGCCAGUGCCCCCCAACCUGCCCGGCCAGACCACCAUCCAAGUGCGGGUCCCGUACCGGGUGGUGGGGCUGGUGGUGGGGCCCAAGGGGGCCACCAUCAAACGCAUCCAGCAGCAGACCCACACCUACAUCGUGACGCCGAGCCGGGACAAGGAGCCGGUCUUCGAGGUGACCGGCAUGCCCGCCAACGUGGACCGGGCCCGGGAGGAGAUCGAGGCCCACAUCGCCGUCCGGACAGGCGGCAUGCUGGAGUUCAACGAUGAGAACGACUUCCACUGCAAUGGGACGGAGGCCGGAUUCGGCAGCGGCGGGCGGGCCCCCAGGCCCUGGGCCAAGUUGGCGCUACCCGCCGGCCGCAAGCCCUUGGCCUGUUUCCGCGGCAACGGCCCGGACCCCUACUACGGCAAGCCGUCGGACGUGCAUCACCAUCAGCACCACCACCAGCACCACGCCUGCUACGCCAAUGGUGCCACCUAUGGGGAGGCCUAUUUCGGCGCCGACGGGCGGGAGGGCCCCUCCGACGCCCACCUCUGGGAGCCCCCCGCCCAGCGCCGGGCCAGCGGAACCGUCGCCCUGCCCCGCCUCUCGCCCGAAGUCUGCCACCCGCUGGCCCGCAGGGCGCACAGCGACCCCUUGCGGGGGAGCGGCCUGCCCGGCGCCGCCCACCCGCCCCCUCCUGCUCCCCAGCCCCCCAGCGGCGGAGCCGACAGCCCACCUCCUCCCUCCCCCGCGGCUUCGGCGGCACCACCCCACCCCUCCCCCCGCCAGGGGGCCGGGGGGCGGGAGUGCCAGGUCUGCUUCGAAAGCGAGGUGACGGCUGCCCUGGUGCCCUGUGGGCACAACCUCUUCUGCAUGGAGUGCGCCAACCGCAUCUGCCAACGCAGCAACCCCCACUGCCCAGCAUGUCUCAGCUCCGUCACCCAGGCCAUUCGCAUCUUCUCCUGAUUGCCCAUCCUGUGCCAGAACGCACCCGCCCCCACCUUCUGGGGAACGGGCACGGGAUGGCAAGGGGGAGCGCACUGUCUGCUGGAGGAUUUAUCCCCCCCCUCU